AUGGCGAAAACCAAAUCCAUCAAGAACUCCAUUUUAACCUUUAAUCCUCAUCUUUUCCCCCAUUUUCUCUAUCUCUUCUCCCCCAAAAUUCACCCCAGAAACCCCCAUUUAUCUUUAGCAACUUCCACACGCACGCUCUUCUUCUUCACUCUUUUGCUGGCUUCCAUUCUAUGUUUUGUUGCAAUCAAUCCGUUUCUAAACACACCGCAGGUCUCCAUAAUCGCUCAUACGGCUUCCUACUCGCCUCUUUUUCUGGCUUCACUGUCCUCCGUCUUUCAAGAUCCAAGUGCUGGUGAUAACAACGAUGCUCCUGUAAGUCUCUCCACCACUGCAAUGGUGCCAUUGCCACCUCGCUCCGUGGCCGGAAUUUCGUCGGAGUUCUGGCAGCAGCCGGAUGGAGAAGGAUUCAGGCCGUGUUUGGAUUUCAGUUUGAAGUAUCGGAGGAGAUCUCGUAAGAUUGCUAAUGAGAGGAAGAGGUUCUUAGUGGUUGUAGUUUCAGGAGGAUUGUUUCAGAUUAGGAAUCAGAUUGUUGAUGCUGUUGUUAUCGCCAGAAUUCUCGAAGCUGCUCUGGUUUUGCCAGUUUUACAGGGAGACGAGAGUGAAUUUUCAGAAAUUUUCGAUGUAGAACACUUCAAGAAGAUCUUAAAAGCUGACAUUCGAGUAGUUUCAUCUCUUCCAUCUACACAUUUAGUUUCAUGGCAGUUAUUAGAGAAUCAAAUUCCACACAACGUUCCUCCAUUUUGGAUCCGUGCAAGAUUCUUCAAGAAACUCAGUGAAGAAGGAUCUCUGGUGUUAACAGGGUUAGAAUCGAAGCUUUCUAAGAACCUCCCACCGGAUCUUCAAAAGCUUCGAUGCAAGGUUGCAUUUCAUGCGCUGAAAUUCGCGACACCAAUUCGAGAACUUGGUAACCGGAUUGCAAGAAGAAUGUGGAUCGAAGGCCCGUAUGUAGCCCUCCAUCUCGGGCUCGAAAAGGACGUGUGGGUAAGAACCGGAUGCCUCACAGGCUUAGGCCAUGAAUACGACAUGAUUAUAAACGACGAACGGGAGUCUCAUCCCGAGUUUCUUGCUACAAAAUCAAACAUAACUUGCCCACUCAACGCAUUAGAAGCAGCCAGGCUACUUAAAGAUUUAGGGGCACCAGCGAAUGCCCGAGUGUACAUUGCAGGUGGAGAGCCAUUUGGGGGCGAUCGAGCCAUUCUGCCAUUGAAAAAGGAGUUCUACAACGUCGUGACAAAGGAGAUGCUGGCUCGAGAUGGCGAACUUAACCCCUACAGAAACCGAACUUCUAUAUUGGCGGCAAUUGACUAUAUUGUAUCACUAAGUAGCGAUGUUUUUUUACCAUCCUAUGAUGGCUACAUGGUCCGAGCCUUGCAGGGUCAUCGUGCAUACGUGGGACACAGAAAAUUCGUGACAACGAACAUGAGUUUCAAGGGGCAGCCGGAGCCGAGGGCUAAGCGAAGGGAUCGAGACGUGAUAGCUUUUCCGGUACCCGAAUGUAUGUGUAAACAUUAG